AUGUCAAUUGAUUCAACGUCAAGUGAUCUCAAAGUGUUCCCAAGCCGAGUUUCUUCGGUUUCAUCGGAGUUUGGUAGGUCAUGGUUAAUAUAGCUUAUUUUUGUUGUACUGAAGUUCAUAGUGGUGAUAAUGUAACAUGGUCUUUAAAUCAGAUGUAAAAGAAUAUAUUUUACAUUUUUGUCAAUUUUGAUUAUUAGUUUUUUGAAAAAUUUUAGUUAUAAAACUUUUUUGUCAGAGCCAGCUAACAUGGUUGAUAUUACUUAUUUGUGUCAUACUGAGUUCUAGAGAAAUAAUAUGACAAAAUGGUUUUUACAUAAGCUGUACAAGGCUUUUUUUAUAUUUUUGUCAAAUUUGAUCUUUUGUUUUUUGAUAAAUUUUGAAGUUAUGAAAUAUGUUACCUAAAACUUGAGUUUCUCUUACUUUCUUUUAUUUUUUUAUUCAUAUCCGGCUGAAUCCGAUGGGUAAAUUCAAGAAAGUUUGUAAAAAGUUUAAAUUCUGGAAAAGUGGCAAGAAGAAAGAGGAAAAGCCAGGUUUAUAUUACUAUUUUUCCUAUAUUAUCUACCUUAAUAUCCACAUUUUUGGUGAUUUUUAGUGAAAAAAAUGAAAACUUGUUUUAAAUGACAUUUUUGAUAAUCAGAUGCCCUACCAAAGCAUAUAUUGUUGGCAAAAAGUGAGUUAAGCAAGAACUUGGACGAGGACUGCCGAAAAAGCUUGGCCAAAGUGUUGAUGUUGGUGUUGAAGUGGGACUUCGAGGCAAAUAAGGAUGAUCUUGCAGCGUAAGUUAACGUCAUUUGUUUUUGAUUGUAAUCUAAGAUAUUUUUGAAUGCAUUUCGACUAGUUUUGGAUAACAUCACUUCGAAUUUUGGAUUUAAACUUGAAAAAAUGGCAAAAUUUAGACAUUUUUAGGGCAAAUUUUAAAAAAGGUGUCAUAAUGACGGAUUUAUGAUAAGAAACGUCAUUUUUUGGUAAAGGUAGUUAAAUAUUGGUCUUCUAGUUAAGAUAAAAACUAAAAUUUCAAUUUUCAGUCAAUUCAACGCCGAAUCCAACGAUAUUGUAGUAGCCAACCUGGAUGUCACCGACUACAUGGUGGAGCUAAAAAAGGUGGUUGAUAAUGAAAAAGAAGAAAUUCCAGAGCUUGUUGGUGCCAUAAAAGCAGCUGAGUUUGUAAAAAAGAAUGGGACGAUCUCACUUUUGGGCAGUUUUCUACUUACACUACUGGAACGAGGUAUGAUAAUAUAAAAUUGGUCAUAACUUUUGAUGGGGUUGACGAAAAUUUCAUUUUUUUUUGGGGAAGGUGAAUAAGAUAAUGUGUUUUAAUUGUGUUAUUGUGAUUUCGAACACGUUUUUCAAAAUUGGUACAAAAUGGGGCUUUUCCUUUAAGUGUGAUAUGACUUUAUAACUUACUUAUAUAUUGAUGCAUACCUUUUGUAAGACCAAAUAAAUUACCUAGAAUCGUAUCGAAAAAGUUAAAAUGAUGUUUGUAGGUUCAUAUGACAGUAGACAUCGAGUACUAAUACGCCAUACUGGUGCGCUGCUGGGCGUUCAAUGGAAUUCAUUCGAGGAAAUUGAAGACACGUUGGUGUAUUCGUUGAUGAAUCAGGAUUAUGUUGAAACUGAGUAGGUUUACAGUACUAUAUUAAUUUUUGAAAUAGUCUUAUGAUAUCUGAAAAGAUAUUUUUAUACGUUAUUAUACUAAAAAUUGAGUAUAAACAUCAAAAAAUGAUCUUACACUUGAGUAAUAUUGCUGUACUUGCAGGAACAAUCUAAAAGAAGGGUUAGUUUAAGGUGUUGUGAUAGUAAAACUGUUGUGAUUGUGCUGGUAUUGUGUAGUAAAUAUUGUGAUCUUAUAAAUAAUGUUAAAAUAAUGGAGUAUAUUGAUGUUUUAAUCAUAGUUUUAUCAAAUUUCAGCACCGCCAAGGCUACAAGGGAGCGGAAUUCAAAGAUGAAGAAGUUUAAACGAUACGCGUUAAUUGGAGUUGCUGGUAGUGUUGGUGGAGUUCUAAUAGGUAAGGAGAAGCAUAUUUUGAACCUACCCGUUAGUGCCAAACCUAUAUCACUAUGAAACGUAAUGACGCUCCGAACAUUCUAGGAUUAACUGGAGGCCUUGCAGCGCCAUUAGUCGCCGGAGCAGCUGGCAUGGUUGUCGGCACGGGAGCGGUGGCUGGACUGGCUACAACUACUGGCGCAGCUAUUAUGGGUUCUAUUUUUGGUGCUGCUGGUGCUGGUUUGGCUGGGUACAAAAUGAAAAAACGGGUCGGGGCCAUUGAUGAAUUCGUGGUGGAGAGUCUGACAGAAGAGCGAAGUCUGAGUUGUGUUUUGUGUGUCAGUGGAUGGAUUGAUGAGGAGGUAUGGCCAUGUGUAGUUGGAGAAAAAAGAAUAAAAUAGUUGAAUUUUGAUAUUUUAGUUAACAAAUAUGAGUUUUGUUGCUAUUUUAGGCAUGAAAAUGAACAUUUUUUUGGUACUUUAGGUAACAAAACUGUAUUCUUUUGGUAUUUUAGGCAUGAAAUCGACCAGUUUUUUUAAAUUUAGGUAAUAAAGUUCAGGCUUCUUGCUAUUCUAGGCAUGAAAUAGACAAUUUUGUGGUAUUUUAGGUAACAAAUUUUCUAAAUUAAAAUUUUCAGGACAAUGAUAAAGCCUUUAAAAUGCCGUGGAGACAUUUGAUGUUGGCCAAAGAGCAAUAUACAUUGAGAUACGAAAGUAAAUACUUGAUCGAACUGGGAAAGGCUAUUGAUUACCUAAUGUCAUUUGCAAUUUCAUACGCUAUUCAACACACUUUGAUGGAAACUGCACUUGCUGGUAGGUUGGGCGUGGUAAAAUUGGAAGGGAGAGGUGGUUUUUUAAAUAGAUUGGGGAUGGUAAAACGAGGUUUUUGAUUGGGCGUGGUAAAAUCUGUGGUUUAUAGCUAGGCAGUCUUAAAAGCGUAUUUCUUGAAUAGGGCGUGGUAAAGUUUUGCUUUUUUAGGUUUGACGGGGGGGGGGGGUAGUAAAAGUCAAAAUUUUGCAUUGGGCGUGGUAAAACAUUUUUUGAGGAGUUGUUUUUUUUCUAAAGUAUAGUAAAAUACGUUUUUUUAAUUGUUGUAUUAAAAUUGUUUUCAGUUUGGGCGUGGUAAAAUAUUUUUUAAGGAAGGGGGAGGCUUUUUUAGGGCAUGGCAAUAAAAUUUUAAAUCAUAUUUUAGGCCUAAUGACAGCCAUAGCCUGGCCUUUAGUCCUGGUAUCAUCAGCCUCAGUCAUCGAUAACCCAUGGAACGUUUGUGUCAGCAGAGCGGCCGAAGUCGGCGAACAACUAGCUGAUGUGUUAUUGACUAGGGCUCAUGGUAAACGACCGAUCACAUUGAUCGGCUUCUCCUUGGGAGCUAGAGUAAUAUAUCAUUGUUUGUUGGCUAUGAGCAAGAGGGAUGAUUGUAGAGGUGGGCAUUCUUGAAAUGUUACUUAAAGCAAUAAAAAUAUUGAUUUUUUUGGUUAAAAUGAGGUUUUUGUUACCUAAAAUACUAAAAUAUAGUCAUUUUGUUACUUAAAAUACUAAAAUAUAGUCAAUUUGUUUCUUAAACUAUUAAAAAAUAUUGAUUUUGUUAUCUAAAAAACCAAAAAUAUGGAUUUUGCUAUUUAAAAAUAUGAAAAUAUAAACGUUCUGCCAUUUUCAAUUGACAUUUCACUCAUUUUGCUUAUUUUCAGGUAUAAUAGAAGACGUAGUACUACUCGGAGCACCAGUAAGUGCCUCACCGAAGAUGUGGAAGCAGCUGUGUACGGUUGUUGGAGGUCGCAUCAUUAAUGGAUACUGUACCACUGACUGGUUAUUAAAGUUCUUAUAUCGUACUAUGAGUGUGCAAUUUACGAUCGCUGGUACUGGACCGGUUAUUGUCAAGGAUGAGAAGAAGAUUGUCAACAUCAAUUUGAGUCAUAUUGUAGGUGGAUUACUGUACUUUUACUGUUACCUUUACUCCUACCCUUACCCCUACCUUGGCUCUAUUCUUCUAUUUUUCCCUACCGUACCGUACCGUACCCUACCUUGCUUUAUCAUUACUUUUAACCCUAUUCUUACUGUUACUCUUAUCCCUACUUUUACCCCUUAACGCUACUUUUACUAAAACCCUUUAAAACUAUAUAUUAUUGUAGAUAAAAGGCCACAUGGACUACUCGAAAAAGCUGACCGAGGUCCUGGAAGCAGUGGGAAUCAGAGUCAGUGAAUACUCGAAAGAAUCCAAAGAGAAUCUACAAAAAUACUUUGAGGAACAAGCGGAAAAAGAAAAGGAAUCAAACCCAGAAAUGGUGACAUGCUCGAUGGAAAACGGCCGAGAAGUGGCUAGAAAUAUGGAGGGCAAGGUGGUGUUUAGACAAGAAACCAACAAUGAUAAUAGUGAUGAGGAGAAGAAGGAGAAUGAAGGAAGGACAGUUGAAAAGAAUGGGAUAAAGGAAGAAAAAGAACUGAAGAAGGAAAAUGAAGAAAAGAAAGAAGAAAAGGAUGAAAAUUAA